GUUGAACGGACGUCGUCGUCGAACCGUCUCUUCGUGUACGUAAUUUUAAGUGUAACGUCGCGAAAUUUCUUGUUGGCGUGUUAUCAGUGAUAGUGGAAAAAGAUUUUCAUUUUUCCGCCGAUUGGCGGGGGUGAGAUUUCAUAUACGAAUACGUGGGAUCCUGCUAGAAGCGGGGGCCGAUUUAACCAUUUUGUAAACCGCCUCCCCUAUGAUUUCUCCUGUUACUAUGGCGACAUCCGACAUAAUCUCAUAAGAAAAAAUUACUCUAUUUCGGGGUUUCCUAACAUAAUAUUCGGAUUUAGUAGCUUUUAAACUGCUUCAGGGGAGGGGGUGUUUGAAUUUUUUAUUUUUUUCCAGCAUUUCGUUUUUCGCGUCGUCUGGCGAAAGUUUGCUGUGCCGUAGUUGUAGUUAACAGUGUAGUGUUGAGUUUCAUUUUUUUUUUCAUCAACUUUAGCUUCGUAGAGUUAAUUAUAAGCCUUUUGUAGUUGCAAUUGUACAUCUAGUCUAGACAAAAUGGCGUUCGCAGGACUAAAGAAACAGCUUAAUAAAGCCAAUCAGUACAUGACUGAAAAAAUUGGCGGAGCCGAAGGCACUAAAUUAGACGUUGACUUCGUGGACAUGGAAAGGAAAACGGACGUCACCAAUGAACUCGUCGAAGAACUGCAAUUGAAAACUAGAGAAUUCUUACAACCAAAUCCAACAGCCAGGGCGAAAAUGGCUGCAGUCAAAGGAAUUUCUAAAUUAAGCGGCCAAGCCAAAGCUUCCACCUAUCCUCAACCCGAAGGAUUGCUCGGCGAUUGUCUACUUCAUUAUGGCAAAAAACUAGGCGACGAUAGUCUCUUUGGGCAAGCAUUACUCGAAUUUGGCGAAUCUCUGAAGCAAAUGGCUGACGUUAAAUAUGCUCUCGAUGAUAAUGCAAAACAGAAUUUUUUAGAGCCUUUACAUCACUUACAGAUGAAAGAUUUAAAAGAAGUUAUGCAUCAUAGGAAAAAAUUACAAGGUAGACGAUUGGAUUUCGAUUGUAAACGAAGAAGACAAGCUAAAGGAUCUCAUUUUACAGAUGAAGAAGUGCGACAAGCGGAAGAAAAAUUCGCAGAAUCGUUACAUUUGGCGCAGUUGGGUAUGUUCAAUUUAUUGGAAAAUGACGUGGAGCAAGUCUCACAAUUGACAACGUUCGCUGAAGGUUUGCUAGAAUAUCAUCAACAGUGCGCAGAAAUUAUGAAAUUGGCAGUUGAAAAUCUACAAGAAAAGCGAGACGAAGCUGCGAAUCGUCCGAAAAGAGAUUUUAUACCAAAAACGCUAGCUGAUCUGCAUGUGGAAGGCAUUACAUCGGACGACGUUAACGGUGCGAGUAUAUUUCACAUACCAUUACCAUCCGGACCCCAAAAUCAUAAUAACGUCCCUACGAAUCAGAAUAGUUAUAAUUCGUGGCCUCAAGGAACUUCCUACGGUCCAUCGCCUGUCCAUUCUGACAAACCGCACCAGUUGGAUCUUAAUAGCGCCAAUCAAGCGAGAUCCAGCAAUGUUUCUCCGGUCGCUUCUCCUAUGAGAAAUUCUCCAGCUAGAACGCCUAUACAUCAGACGCAACAACAACAACAACAACAGCCAGCUUCCCAAAACAAGCAGCAUCCGUGUUGCACUGCCUUGUACGAUUUUGACCCGGAAAAUCCCACCGAAUUAGGAUUCAAGGAGGGCGAUGUAAUUACAUUGAUGAAUCGAGUCGAUGACAACUGGUUCGAAGGCUAUUUGAACGGUCGUACUGGAUACUUCCCCGUUUCAUACGUACAAAUCACCGUACCUCUACCUUAAGAUAUUCCUAAAUUUUUUCUUCUCUCUCUCUCUAUCUCUCCCUUUAUCAUGUUAUCAUUUCAAUUUUAUCUUCGGUCUUAAAGUUUGCCUAUGCUUUAAUUUUGAAUAAUUACAUACUCUUGUUUUUUGUUUUACUUUAUUUUAUCCAAGUAUUUAUUUUUUGUUCUAUCUUUUUCUCUCUUCGUUUCUCUCUUUUUUUUUUAUUUAUUCAUUUAAAUGUUAUUUAUUGUUUUCGUAUUCGUCUUAUUUUCAGAUUUAGUGUAAAUAAUCAAAAGCGAUGUAUUAGUUUGAAAUAUGAUUGUUUUUUUCUUCUCUCAGUUCAUUGAUUUGUUGAUUAUUUUUAGUGUUUCGUUUUAAUUAAAUAUUUGUGAUGCUUUAAGUAUAUAUUAUAUUUUUGAACUACUUUCUUUCCCUCUUAUAUAAUAUAUAUAUUAGAAUUCUUCACUCUAAACAUGAAAUAAAAAGUGUCGAUGUUAUUACCAUUGUUAAGUCAAACUUACCAAUCUAUUCGAUUAUCUAUAGAUGUCGCCGGUGAUUAUAAUAUGUUCACAAAAAUUCCGGGCAAUGUGUUAAAAUAUUUGAUUCUUGCCAAACUGCGUAUUAUUGUAUCCUCAAACUAAUUAAAUGUUUACUUUAAUAAUAUAUUAUACAUACUUAAUUUAUUCGAUUCAAGAUACUAUCGUCGCUUUAUUUUUUUUUUAAUUUUAUUAAAAAUGAAAAUAAUCAGUCAUUAAUUUACUAAUUAAAUUUAUUCGACUAUAAUAAGCAUACGUUGAAAUUUUUUUCGAGUUAUUUUUUAUGUUUGUUAUUUCGUUUUAUCGAGAAGAUUUGAAUUUUUUAAAUUUAAUAUUGUAUUUAACAGAUAGUCGAAAAGGUACGAAAUUAUCGAACAUAUUAUUAUCAUUGAAUUUUGGUACCUAUAAUGGCUUUAUGGAUUGCAUUUAUAAAAUGUCUGUUGUUUGAAUGUAUGUAUUGUGUGUAUGUUGCUGUAUCAUCUACGUAAUACCCGUUUAAAACAGGUGCAUUUUUGAUAUUUUUGUUACAGUAUGAAAAUUGUUGUUGACUUGACUCCAUUUCCCACCUUUUAAGAUUUAUUUAGAGCACUUGUCUUCCUUUCUACGCACGAAAUCACUUCUAAUAAAUGUACGCAAUGCAGUAUUAUCGUUAAUAUAAAAUCUAGUCGUUCCAUUAUCUUUUAAAAUAAAUGUGCGUUUUAUUGAGUAAAUAUUAAUAGCGCGCCGCGCCGAACGGUUGUUUGUUGCCAACGAAAGGCCAUCUUUUAGAAAAAUUAAUCAAUUCUCCUGGAAACUUUCCCUCGAAAUUUAUCAACUUUUUGAAAUUUUUUAAACCUAUAUUAUAUUUCUUGUCGGCGCGUGCCUGGUGAACAUUUCAAAAACAAUGAAAGUUAGAUAUCAGUAAUAAUAUGUGUUACCAUAAUUUAUUUUGAAAUUGUUGUACGAUCCAACGAGAUCUGAAAAAUAAUUGAUUUAAAAAGAGAUUUGUCUAUAUAAGUAAUUUGUUAUCGUAUGAAAUGACAAUAAAUUCAUUCGUAUUCUAUUAUCCUAAAUGUAUUAAGAAGAACGUUUGUCAUAAUUUUUAAAACUACCGCGGAAUGGGGUAAUUCCGGCCACUUUUAUUUUUCUACAUAACUUAAUCUUGUUCUAGUCCUCCUAGUGCUUGCUGUACGAACCUACCAAUGGCCGCAGUCGAAGCAAGAGGGUCAGAUGAUUUGAGAUCUAAUUCUCAUGUAGAUCUCUCUCGGAUCUAUGUAGAUUAACUUUUGGGGAAAAAAUCAUCCUGAUUAACUGAUUUUUGCGAUUUUUACAGUUAUUUUUUAUAGAAAAGUCAUGGUAAGAUCUAAUACUCCCUUCCCCCUGUUUUUGCUUCUCAUUUUUUUCGAUUGACGAUACCAAAAAUACAGAGGACCUUUUUUUAUAGGAAAUUUAAUUUCCUACGAGAAAGAUUCUUGGCAUAUUUUUAGUACCUACCUUCAAAACUGGAGGAGAAAUAUCAAUUUCUAGAAAAAAAUUCCGCCCACUUGUGAUCAAGUACUAGGUAUUUUCAUCAGGAGUAAAGAUGAAAAAAUGUAACAGGGUAGCUAUGUUUGUAAAGGUGGAACUACAUACAUUAGUUCAAACGUGCAACCUCCCAACUCCUCUCUGGAGGAGAGCAUUCAACAAAAAACCUCGAAAAUUGGCCGGAAUUACGCCAUUUAACGGUAUAUAGUAUAUUCUAAAAUCUAUGUUGUAACACUUGAUUUAUUUUUAUGAAUUCUAAGUAUAUUUUAUUUGCAAGUA